GUAGGUCUACGUGGUGAGGAGUGGGGCUUUUGUCGUGCACCUGACACCACCAUGGAUGACUAUCCGAUAUAUGGGUUACUUGUGGGGUUCUCCCUCUGGGGGACCCUUUGGCGCCUCCUCUUUCCUCUGGACUUCUGGCCCACUUUCACGUGUAGAGUAGGAACCCGGGGUGGCACUUCCACCCAGCCUUACACGAAGGAGGGGGAGGAGAAUAUGGCCGCCAUCCUGCAGGAGAGAAAGGAGAAGAAGGAGGCCAAGAAGAAGGCCCUGCAGGAGGAGCAGGCGGCAAAGUUGAAGAAGAUAGAGGAGGAGAUGGCUAGAGAAAAGGAGAGGUUGAAAAAGGAAGAAGAGGAGAGGUUGAAAGAGAUGGAAGAGGAAGAAGAAGAUGAAACGCCACUGCAAAGGAGGAAGGGGCAGCACAGUGGCAACAAGGAUGAAGAGAUGGAGAAACGGAUUUCAGAGUGGGUCACCAACUUAUCCCUGGGCGAAGAAGAAGAGGUGGCAGCUCCCAAGGAGGAAGAGCCGCGCCCUCGUAGGGAGCCAGUCAAAGUUGAAUUCCCUGAUUCCUACAGUGGGAAAAGGGAAGAAAACUUUGACAACUGGGAGGCCAACGUCAAGACCUACGUGCAUCUGCAACAGGUCUCCCCAGAUCAGCACGUAUUAAUUGCCAUUCAUGCGCUUAGAGAUGAGGCCGCCAGUUUUGCAAGGUCCCUAGUCCGCGCUGCCAACUGCAAUAAUGAUGCAGUGGCCUAUUCAUCGUUCACCCCCCUCGUUGAUUUCAUGAAAUUGCUGCGCGAGCGAUUUGCUGAUGUCGCUCGCAGUGUCAAGGCCUCAGAUAAGCUCCAGACCAUCCACACUCGUAAAUGGAAGAGUGCCAGUGUACUCAAGGGUACGAUGGAUGAAUUGGUGGUUGUCCCUGACCAUGGGGUCACAGAGGCCCAAUUGGUCGGCCUCUUCUAUCGGGCUAUGCCCGAAGCCUUUCGAGGGCAGUUCUUCGCGACGAGCGAAGAUCCUGCCACCACUUAUGAUUCCCUUAGCCGUGAAGUGGUGGCUUUCGAGGCGAAAUCGGUGUCACUUUCUACCUUCUGGCACAAAGACCUCGACAAAGGAAAGCAAUGGAAGGGCCGCACUAUCUCAGGGCAAGUAAAGACCAAGGAUAGCCUUGUCCUUACCUUAGAUGAAAAAAGUGUGGACGAGAUCCCCUACGAGCAGAUUGAGUGGGGGUUCGAGGAGGAGGAUAACGGUGCGAGCCAGGGGAGGACUUACACUGCUGUCGUGGCUGGAGGGAGGCCGCAAGGAGGAGGAAGAGGCCAGGGCCAAGGGGGCCGGGCCUCAGGGAGCCGGUUUCAGGGCGAUCAGGGGGUUGGCGGUAGAGGAGGAAACCGCCAAGCGGAGGAAGGGGUCAAGGCGUAUUUUCGCCUAGAGAAGGAUAGGAAGGUGGAAAAGGUUCUCCACUCCCUAACUCUCCUCGUAGAAGACAGCCUCCCAUUCAAUAUCGUUCUGGGGAUGGAUUGGGGAGAGGCAGCCAGGGCCACACUCCAUUUGAAGGAGCACGAGUGUAGGCUCCCUAGUCCUUUAGGCGAGGCUAAGACUGCCCGCCUGUUCCAUGUGUCCGGAGUAGAGAAUCCCCUAGCACAUUGCUGCCUUAGUGCCCCUGCAUUCGCAAGGCUCGUGAAGAAGGAGCGCUUAGAAGAACAAGUUUUUGUAGCCUACGUAAGGCCAGUAACUGAGCCUAAGGAAGAGAAGCCUAUAGACCCUACAAUUGCCAAGCUGCUGGAGGAGUUCAAGGACCUAGCUGAGCCGCCGACAGGAGUAGUAUCGCGGCCUAUCCAGCACCGCAUUGAGAUUGAGCCUGGCAGUAGAACUCCCAAAGGAGCCGUGUAUAGGAUGUCCCCGCGGGAGUUAGAGGAGCUUCGUAAGCAAUUAGACGAGCUCCUUGAGAAGGGUUGGAUUAGGCCCAGUUCAUCUCCUUUUGGAGCACCUGUUCUCUUUGUCCCCAAGAAAGAGGGAGAGUUGAGGAUGUGUAUAGACUAUAGGGGUUUGAAUGCUGUUACAGUGAAGAAUGCUGAGCCACUGCCUAGGAUAGACAAUCUUCUGGAUGGAGUGCAGGGGGCAAAGUAUUUCUCCAAAAUAGAUUUGAAGUCCGGAUAUCAUGAGAUAGAGGUGCAUCCUGAUGAUCAGUAUAAGACAACUUUCCGGACUAGAUAUGGGCACUAUGAGUUUAUAGUCUUGGAGAAGCUGAGGGAAGCUAACUUCAAGAUCAAUGUAAAGAAGUGCGAUUGGGCGAAGACCCAAGUCUCAUAUCUAGGCCACGUCUUAGACGGAGACAGCAUCAAGCCAGAAGAUUGUAAAAUCGCAACGAUUAGAGAUUGGCCCACACCGCGCACGCUGACCGAGUUGCGGUCGUUUUUGGGCUUAGCUAACUACUAUAGGAAGUUCGUGAGGAACUUCUCCACCAUCGCUGCGCCCCUUCGCAGAUUGCAAAGAAAGGAGACCAUCUGGAAGUGGGAUAAGGACUGCACAUCUAUUAUGAAGAAUUUGAAGCAGGCACUAAUAGAAUAUCCAGUCCUUAAGGUAGCCGAUCCGUCCUUGCCCUUUGUCGUCACUACGGAUGCUAGCCAGUACGGCAUAGGUGCGGUGUUGCAGCAAGACGAUGACAAUGGUUAUAGACGCGUAGAGUUCAUGUCCGCUAGUAUGCCUUCAGAGAAGGUUGCAACAUCUACCUAUGAGAGGGAACUCUACGCUCUCAGGCAAGCAUUAGAACACUGGAAGCAUUACUUGCUUGGGAGACACUUCAAAGUCUAUUCUGACCACGAGACAUUGCGAUGGUUAAAGACGCAGGCCAAGAUGACACCUAAGCUUACUAGGUGGGCUGCGGAGAUAGACCAGUACGACUUCGAGCUCAAGCCAAUCAAAGGGAAGUAUAACGUAGUUGCGGACGCUCUGAGUAGAAGAGCUGAUUACUUUGGGGCCAUAGUCCAUUACCUAGAUAUAGGGUCAGACCUACAACAGAAAGUUAAAGAGGCGUACGCGCAGGACCCCAUCUAUAGUGAGCUCCUUAAGAGAGUUAAGGAAGCCCCAAAGUCCGAGCCAUACUACCGCACUACUGAUGGGUUGUUGUUUGAGAAGACUAAUGUAGCAGACCGUUUGUGCAUCCCCAACAGUGAAGAGAUCCGGAGUCUGAUCUUGGGGGAAUGUCACGACACCGAACAUGAUGCACGCGUACACUUGGCCAGGAACGAAAAAUGACUGCAUUGAAUAUUUUCGCAGUUGCAAAGUCUGCCAGAGGAAUAAGUCAACUACGCGUGCCCCUUUAGGUCUUCUCAAACCUUUACCUAUCCCUGAUCAGCUGGGUGAUUCAGUGUUCAUUGACUUUAUGGACACCGGCGUUAAGAGUAGGCAUGGCAAGAGCCAAGUUAUGGUCGUAGUAGACAAAUUUAGUAAGUAUGCUAUUUUUGUUCCCUUGCCGUCAGAAACCAGAACAUAAUUAGUAAUUCAGAAGUUCUUUGAUCACUGGGUCAGUGAACAUGGGGUUCCGCUGUCUAUAGUUAGCGAUAGAGAUACCCGGUUCACAAGUCUAAACUGGCAGGAAUUGAUGCGAGUCUACGGAUCCAAGUUGUUGAUGUCAUCUGGCCGUCAUCCAGAUACGAAUGGUCAGACUGAACAAAUGAACAAGAUCCUGCAGCAAGUCCUGCGCAUGUACAUUAGACCUAAUCAAGUCAAUUGGGAUGA